AUGUCGGACGUUGAAGACGAGCACGCUGAAGACGUUGAGCAGGACGAGAAUGAUGUGCCUGAGGAGGAUGGCGAAAAGGACGACACUCUCGCACCAGCUCCAGGAUCAGCCGCAUUGAAGAGCCCGACGCCCGGCCGACAGCCCGGCUUCAACGUCCCAGAAACUGUACUGCGAAAGCAGCAACAGUACUCCUCUGGUAAACCAUCAAAGCAUGAUAAGACGAAACUUAUGCGUUCCGAAGGAAUCAUUCCUAUCCAGGCAGGAUCAAACAAAUAUGCUUCGCAGAAGGGAAUGACUGGAUUCGGUGUUCCUCGUGAUGUCAUCGAUAAAGUGAAGUCUGAAAACUUAGCUGAAAUCACUGAUGAGAAGAAGAUCGAACUGCUGAAGGGAUCCACGUGGUUGCAAUCUGGUACCAACAAAUUUGCUUCACAAAAAGGACAGACUGGAUUUGGUUCUCCUCGUGAUGUUAACUACAAAACGAAGGGUACCGGUGGAGCAAGCGAAGUUCCAGAGGAGAAGGCCCGUGCUUCCGAUGGUAUCGUCCCUCUUCAAUCCGGAACGAACAAACUCGCAUCACAGGCUGGUAUGACCGGCAUCGGUAUGCCUCGUAUUGUUGAUGUGCGCAAAGCCGACGAGCAGGAUCGAGAGUCUCAAGGCUUUAUUCACCUUCAAAUGGGUACCAAUCGCUUCGCUAACCAGUCCGGUAUGACAGGCUUCGGAAUGCCGCGUCACAAUAUUACCAAAUACAAGGACGAGGUUCGUGGUGAAAUGCCCCAUGAUGAAGGAACCACCUCCAGGCAGACUUCUGGAUGGAGAGAGGGAGCUUCACAAGCCGGCAUGACUGGAUUUGGUGCGUUCCGUAACAACACAGUCGCAUUCCUGCAGGCCCAAGAGCAACGCUCUCAGGGUAUGAUCCCCUAUCAAAUGGGUGUAAACUUCCUUGAGUCACAAGCUGGAAAAACCGGAUUUGGAAUGCCCAGACAAGUGUUCACUUCGUUUGUUGAUGAUACUCACGAGGACCUGCCAGCUGACAUGGCCCGCAGACCAGAAGUGCCAUUCUGGACCGGUCAGGAUGAAUCUAGGCACGCUAACCAAACCGGAAUGGGCGCAUUCGGUACCCCUCGUGACGUUCGCGGCGAGUAUGUUCGACGCAUGUGGUGA